GCACCUCACUAUCCAAGGCAAGGUGAUUCCACUCACACAAGAUCCGCGAGACCAAGGCAUGUGCACCCUCACAUCACGUUCGAGCAGAACGUCCAGCCAUCUGCCACGGCACGAAAUCCCUCGUGCCCCACCAGAAGCAGUCACAGACCCACACGGCGAACGCCGUCUGCUUUACGCUAGUGAGCGCGGACACCUGGCACAGGAGGCUUGGACAUCUCAAUGCUCGGAGCCUGGACAUCCUUCGGAAGGACACGGGUACCGGGGUGGACUAUCGCGACAGUCUCUCCCCUUGCGGGGUCUGCCAGAUCGCGAAACACAAGCAGUCCCCCCACCCGAAGCAAUCGACUCUCGAACUAUCACGUCCUGGACAGCUUGUUGUCAUCGACAACAUGGGGCCUGUUAAUCCACCUGCGAAAUAUAAAGGAGGCUCCUUCCCGUACGCGUGCAAGAUCACCGACGACUACACGAAGAUGAAAGAAGUGUACCUGCUUCGCAAGAAAUCUGACACGACCGAGGCGAACACCGGAUCCGAAUUCCGGGACUACUGCAAGAAGUCAGCUAUCAAGCUCGAAUACGCCGCCACCAACACCCCUCAACAAACUGGUGUAUCGGAACGGGACGGACAAACCCUGGCCGGAGUCACCCGGUGUCUUCUGAAGGAUGGAGAUUUUCCGCCGUCCAUGUGGGGGGAGUUAAUGCUGACUGCAGCAUACCUGUUGAACAGGUCCCCACACUCAGCACUGGGAGGAGCUACGCCAUACUCGAAGUUGCACAAUAAGUCACCUGAUCUCUCGGGACUUCGGGUCAUUGGAGCGCGCGCCUUCGUACACCAUGAAGGAUAUCGAAAUAAGCUGGACGACAGAGCUCUCGAAGGCAAGCUAUGUGUGCACUUCCAGUUUUCCACUGAAGCAAACGGGUACGAGAGCGACGUGCUAAGCUUCACCUCACUGCUGGAGAGCCCCCACCCGACGAGCGACCUGGACUUCACGGCGCAGAACGAACUCCUUCGGCAAGAAGUCCGGAAGAUGCAGCAAGACAAUCUCGCUCGGGAGGAGCUUCGCCUAGAACUGGACGGGCACGAGGACGAACAUGGAAACGGGCAAGAUCUCGGCGACGGGGACGCUCCAUCACCACAUCUCCCAUCGACGCCAGCUGGACCGUCAUCCGAGACCCACACAUCUAGCCCCAUUCCAUCAUCAUCGAACCCGCCUGAACCGUACACUUCUGCAUCAACUGGAUCCUCCGGCCUGCGGCGCCUGCAAGUCACCAGAGCCAGCACGCGCGGGAAGCCCACCAGCAACGAUCAUAUCGACGUCAACUUGGUUCCUGCCAAUCUGGGAGUCACCAUGAACGACCGCGGUCGAGCCCAUGCUACAACGGGCCGCGUGGAGCCAUCCGGUCUUUCCUUCACUCAGCUGACUGAAAUAGCCGAUCAAGCCAAGCUCCCAUGCCCUGGCGAUACUGAGGAUUUCGCCCACGUUGCGGACGACCCCUUCACGGUGCCGCGUGCUCACGCCUACGUCACGACCACUCACGAACACCACGGGAUCUUGGAGGAGACGAAUCGAGCGAUCAGAAUCCCCAACACCUACGACGAAGCCAUGAGCUCUCCCCAGCGCGAAGAAUGGAAAGGAGCGUGCAGCAAGGAAAUGGACAAUCUGCGGAAGCACAACGUCUGCAAUCUGGUGCCCCUCAGCAGCGUUCCCAAGACAGAGAAGAUCCUCGGAACAAUAUUCGUCUUCAAGAAAAAGCUGGACAAAUCACUCUUCGCCACCGGCCCAGCGAGCACCAGUUGGCUGAUAUCGCGACCAAGUACCUCCCAAACCACCGAUUCGCCUCCAUCAUUCAGCAUAUCAAGGACUUUUCGUGUUGAUCGAAGAUCUGUGAAGCUUCCUUCCAUACCCGCCAUACCAGAAGGAAUUUAAUUUCGAUACGAUGCCAACGGAGGGGUCGAAGUAGACAAGGAUAUGGUGAUGCCGUCCACCAUUGUGAAUAAGUUGCUUGAUC